UUUUGAGUGUCAAAGCCAAAGCGUCUGCCUUGUCUGGCUUGUCUGGCUGCGUGGUCCUGUUUCGUCGUGUCAAUAGUCGGCACGGCGACGGCGAGCGGCGAGCGGCGGUACCCCAUCUCCCCCCACUACCGCCAAGCAAGGGAUCCGCCAACCCUGUCCGAUGUCAGGCUCUCUGCUGUCGACCUUCAAUUGUUAUGUUUUUGUUUUUGUGAGCAAUGAAAUAAAUUUAAUGUCAAAAAACAUGUUUUGACUAUUUUGUCGUCCGUUCUCAAAAAAAGUUAAGCUUUUUUAAAGUUUUAACACAUGAUCAAUGGAGCACAAUCAAGCAUCAAGUUCAGGAGCUUAUGCGAAUGAUUCAUUAGGAGGUGGAUUACUGAACAAUGGAAGCCCAAAUUUUCAAGCAAUGCAGGGUCAUUCAGGAGAGUCCUUGAAGCGGAGGAGCAGUUCUCGGUCCAUCAAACGAAGAAAAUUUGAUGAUGAACUGGUGGAAUCAAGUCUUGGUGCCUAUGGUAGCCCAGUUGCAUCUAAAGUGGUCAGGACUCGAACUCAGUCUGUUACCCUUCCUCCUCAGCCAACUGAACGGAGCUAUGAGCAUUCAACACCAAGCACUAGUGCAAGCACCAGCGUUGCACCACCUAUACCUGCACCAGUCCCUGCUCCUCUACCCCCAGAAAAUAGACAAAAGCGAACGUCCUCUAAGGGCAGUGCCAUGCCUGGGGGACGACGCAACAGGAAGCAGAAACAUGCGCAUAGUGUGUCGGCAAAGGACUUAGGGCGAUGGAAGCCUACAGAUGAUCUUGCUCUUAUUAUUGGUGUUCAGCAGACAAAUGAUAUUCGUAUGGUACACCGAGGAGUAAAAUUUUCCUGUAGAUUUACAGUCCAGGAGCUGCAGCAGCGGUGGUAUGCGUUGCUGUAUGAUCCAAUUGUCUCUCGUGUUGCUGUUUCUGCCAUGAGGAAUCUUCACCCUGAAGUCACACAGGCAGUGCAGGCAAAAGCUUUGUUUAGUAAGGCAGAAGAAGAGCUCCUCGGAACCAUCAAAUCUACAUCUUCACCUACUGUCACCACAAUGGUAGAACUCCUUGAAAAAAAUCCACAAGUUUUUUUUCCUGCUAGAACAGCAAAAUCUCUGCUGACCCAUUGGACUUUGAUGAAACAAUAUCAUCUUUUACCUGAUCAAACUGUUCAAAGUUUGCCCCAAGCUGAGCAUGUUCUGAACUUUUCUGAUGCAGAAGAAUUGAUCAAUGAUGCAGAAUUAGCUGACCUACGAGAUGAAGCUUUAGAACAAGAACUUGCUAUAGCAGAUCGCCGGGCCAAGAAAGAAAUACGGACUUUGGAGAAUGAACUCGGCCGCUGGCAAGUUCUUGUGGAUUCUGUCACUGGAAUUAAUCCUCCUGAAUUUGAUAAUCAGACUCUUGCAGUUCUCAGAGGUCGGCUGGUUCGCUAUUUAAUGCGUUCUAGAGAGAUAACUCUGGGCCGCUCCACUAGGGAUCACAGUGUAGAUGUGGAUUUAUCUUUGGAGGGUCCAGCUUGGAAAGUUUCACGGAGGCAAGGAACUAUAAGGUUGAGAAACAAUGGAGACUUUUUCAUUUCCAGUGAGGGUAAACGACCUAUACAUGUUGAUGGGAGACCGAUUCUUCAAGGAAACAAGUAUAGGCUCAAUAAUAAUUCUGUUGUUGAGGUAAGGUCUGCCAUAUGUAUUUCUUUCUGCACCACUUCAUUUUCAGAU